AUGAAAGCAAUCCAAGUCCUCGGCCCCGCCUCCUCCCCAGAAGUAGUCGCCACCAGUUCUCUACCCACCCCCAUACCAAACUCCUCUGAAAUCCUAAUCCGCGUCCACGCCGCCGGCAUCACCGCCGACGAACUCCUCUGGCCCGAACUCUACACCGCCCCGCACCGCAUCCCAGGCCACGAGCUUUCCGGCACCGUCGCCGCCCUCGGGCCGACUUAUACCGGCCCCCUGCGCCUCUCCCAGCCCGUUUUCGCCUUCAUCGCCGCAGACAGCGGGGGCGGCGGACAGGCGGAGUACGUCGUCUGCCUCUCGGACGAAGUCGCGCCAAAACCAUCCUCAAUCUCGCAUGAAGCGGCGGCUGCGCUGCCGAUCCCGCUUCUUACGGCGUGGGAAGGGAUCAUCGUCCGCGGGAAGGUUGGGGCGGGGAUGAAAGUGUUGAUAACAGGCGCCGGCGGUGCGGUGGGGAGUACCGCCGUGCAGAUUGCGGCGCGGCGCGGGGCUGAGGUCGUUGCGCUGGCGUCGUCGCGGAGUGAAGAGAUAUUGACAGGACUCGGGGCGCGGAAGGUAGCGGAUUACAAUGAUGGAAGUUGGAGUGCCGAAAUACGAGGCGUGGAUGUGGUGUUUGAUACUGUUGGCGGAGAUGUGCUGGGUAAGACGUGGGAGGUGGUCAGGCCCGGCGGGAUGACCAUCACCGUCGGCGACCCGGCGCCGGAAUGGGCGUUUGGCCGUGGUCUGGCGGAGGAGGCUGGGAGGUAUCCUCAUGUGCGGUAUGAGUACUUUAUUGUGUCACCGGACGUUGAAGCGCUCUCUAUGGCGGCUGGGAUGAUUGAUGAGGGGUUGGUUGAGGCAUUGCGGGUGGAAGCGUUUUCCUUUGAAGAGGCGGGGCAGGCUUGGGAGUUUGCCGGGAGGCGAGGGCGUGAUGGCAAGGCAGUCAUCACAUUUGGGGAUUUUGCUGAGAAUGGACGAGUAAAGCAGUGA